AUGGCGGACGGGCGGGAGGAUGGCGCUGCGGAGGGCGGGCAGCAGGAGCCGCAGGCACAGGGGUCGGACGCCGAGCAGAGCAAGGGGCUGCAGCAUCUGACGACGGCCGGGAACAUGAAGGAGCGGGAGAUCAACACGGACAACCUGCAGGAGGUCAUGAUCGACGCCAUGAAGGCGCAGGCGGCCAUGCAGGAGAAGCGGCGCGCGAGGGAGCGGGAGCUGGCGGCGGUCAAGGUGGCGGACGCUGACGUCGCGGUCGUGGCGCGGGAGUUCGACUUGGACAAGAAGGCGGCGGACCGCGCGCUCCGGGAGCACGGCGGGAACCUCAAGGAGGCUCUGGCGGGCCUUUUAAGCAGCUAG